AUGAUGCCAGCCUCACUCCUAAAACUGAAAGUGCAACUGUCAUGUUGGAAGAACUCGCGCUGUAACCUUCUGUGUGCUAGGACAAGAUAUCCUACAAAGUCGACAAAAUCCUCCGCUUCCACCCAAUGGUAUAGAGCAAGGGUUUUUGGACAACCAUGGAGACCUCUGCUAACAGAUCCCACCCAAAAUCUACAGAAGACGAGCUACUGGUCAGCAUAGAUAAUGGAAAUCUCCCGAAGUCCCCUGAGAAAAAUCUAAGUUUUCUGAAAAAAAUUGAAAGUCUUAGAAUGAGUAAGAAAAAUCAUAAGAAGCCGAAUGAAGCAGGAGAAAUAAGUUCUCCAGAGAAAGAAGAGUCGCCUUUCGCAAAAGAUUCGAAUGUGAGAUCCAGUAAAGUAUUCUUAAAAAAGCAGCACCACACAGAGGAACCUGAAUUGUCAGACAAACCGGAAACUUUUGGGUCUUUGGUGUUUAGACUAAGUAAGAGGAGCCCAAACAAAGUGGAAAAAAAGGAAGAUUGCAUCUCUCUGGAAAGUAAAGGUCCACCUGAAGGAGCCGGUUCUCUGGUGGAGAAAUGGAGGAGAAGCAUGAGGGGAAAGAAGAAGAUAGAAUAUAAUGAAGAUGAGAAGAUGUCUACACCAGAGGAACCCAAGAGUGAAGACUUGGAGGAACCUCAGAUGUUGUCAGUGAUGGAAAUAAAUGGUCUUAUCCAAAGAAGAGAAAUUAAGAGGGCAUUUAUAAACAUAGAAUUAAUGGAGGACAAACUCCUCAAGGAUUAUAGCACCAAUGACUUUCAUGAGAAUGUUACAGAGUACACCAUACGUGGAAAAGAUGUGGACUUGUUAUAUGGAUCCUUGUUCAACAUGAUAAGGUCCAUUGUGAAGGACUCUCUUGGCCAAGACCCUGUGGAUAAAUCAUUGAUCUCCUCUGUGGUCUAUGUUAUAAAUAAAGAAGCAGAAACCCAUAAAAAUCCAGUAGUGACCCCAACAAAUUCCAAAGUUCCCAUUUGUGGCCAGCCUAGACAAUGGAAAAAAUUAUGGAAAGAGGCUGUAAAAGACAGUGUUGGCAAACGAAUAGAGUCAGUGCCCAUAAAAGAAGGAGAAAAUGGUUGGCUUGCUGAACACUUGGAGAGUCUCAAGUCAGUUAGUGUGGAAGACUUGAAAAAAGUGAAGAAUUCCCUGAAGUCCCUCUACCCCGAGGACUAUGAUGUGUGUGGAACCUACUUGAGAAGCUAUAACAAUGCUCUGGUCUCACACCUACAGAAGAAUAUCAUACCUUUGGCACUGGAGUUCAGUCAACUGUACUGUCUACUAGACUGGACAAUGAACCAAUACAGCAGUGAUGAUUUUAUGGGCAACCCUGAACUUCAUGCGGAGAUUAACCCUUUAAGUCUUCCUCGGCUGUUAGAAGGAGAAUGCCUUGAAAAACUCAAACAAGCUUAUGUCGAGGCCUUGCAGAGAACAAUCAGAACCUAUUUGAACAACAUACUAGAAAUUGAGAAGAGGAACUGGCACAAUGGCGAAGAGGCAGAAGAACUGGUAUUGGCAGACAGCUGCCACUUACCCAUUUACACAGACGUUGAGGAGAUUAUAGGAACUCAUGUCAGAAACUCAGCCAAGCUCUCUGAUGACCUAGAGACUUCCUCAUCUAACGUCUGUGUAGAGGAACUGGGGACGUUCACCACAAGGCUGCAAGUCGCCUUUCAUGAAUGUGUCAGCACCACUUUCACCUCCUUGUUUGCUCAGUACACAGUUGUCUAUGUGAAUAGUUUCGCCAAACUCAGACACAACACAACACAGUCAGAUGCAGAGCAAUACAGAUGUGCGGAAACCAAGCUGACCAAAGCCAUCAAAAGUCUAAAACAGCAUUUCUUUGAUGUUUUUAUGGAGGACACAAAGCCACAUUUUCAGAAGAUAAUCACCAAAAACUGGCUGAAGAAGAAUACAGCGUUCAAUGCCAUCAUGAAGUCAUCGGGAAUCCUGUGUCAGUGGCUGAAAUAUUUGCUUUCUCCAUAUGAUAAGGACUUUGCAUGUGGGAUUCACCAAUACCUCGUAAAAGAAUACAUCUCGCAGAUUAUGAAGAGGAAAAUGCGCCUGAAUAAGUUAAGACGAAGAAAAGCAGCGCAGAAAAUGAGAGAAGAAGGUGACCUGAUAAAUAAGGCUGCAGACGACAUGGGUUCUGAUCUGGACAGUUUACAUCAUGCAAUUCACUGCAUUUCUGAAAUUAUCGGGGCCAAGAAAAAAGAUGACAUUGAGCCCAAACUGGAUCAACUGUUUCACCUGCAUCCAGAUAUCAGUGAGGAUCACAUUUUGUGCAUUUUACAUCUUCACGGCAUUAGGAAAAGUACAAAACUUCUGAAACAUUUCCAGAAAUUGCAGGAAAGUCGUCAAUCAAACCCUUCAUCGCAGGACAGCCAGCAACCACCAUUAUUCUCAGCAAUUGAAUGUUCACCACAAGUGGCUUGUUUCACCCUUUGAGAUGAAGCCCCUCUUCCAAAACUGCCAGAAACGCGACUUCAAGGAAAAGCUCUCCUCCACUUGCUGCCUGAGAAAAUGGACCAUGUGCUGUCACUUAGACUAGAUUUUAAUUAGGUUUUAAUGAUAGAGCUGCAACGUGGUACCUGAAAUCUACUGUGAAAGACCCAUGAAUGUCCAAUUUUCCCUUCUAGUUCCAAAAACUGGGCAUAUUUACUGUUGAAGAGCUUGAAGGGGUUUUCCAAGACUUUUCUACUGAUGACCUA